GCCCGGUGGAUGACUUCUGGAUGCGCUGACCAUCUCUGAGGACAAUGAACCCUACCCUAGGCCUGGGCCUGUUUUUGGCAGGCCUCCUUGCUGUGAAAGGUCUCCAGCAGGCCAAGGCCCCUCCAAGGAACCAGAAGACCCCAAACCACAGCCAAGAUUGGAGAAACAAAGAGAUGGCCUGGGUGCUGGCUCAGCACAACUUGAACUUUGGCUUCAAGCUGUUCCAGAAGCUGGCUGCCCACAACCCCGGGAAAAACAUCUUCUUCUCCCCUCUGAGCAUCUCCACCGCCUUUUCCAUGCUGUGCCUGGGUGCCCAGAACGCCACACUGGCCGAGAUCAAGAAGGGCUUCGACUUCCAAGACAUGUCGGACAGGGACCUGCACCUGGCCUUCCAUUACCUCCUCCGCAGGCUCAACAAGAAGACACAGGACCUGCAGCUGGAACUGGGCAACACGCUGUUCAUCGACGAGAAGCUGAAGCCCAGGACGAGAUUCCUGAGGCAGGCCAAAAGUGUGUAUAACGCGGACACGGUGCUGACCAACUUCAAAAGCCUGGAUGACACCCAGAGGCAGAUCAACAGCUAUAUCAGCCAGAAAACCCAGGGGAGAAUCCGCAACCUCAUCAGGAAUAUAGACCCGGGCACUGUGAUGAUUCUGGCCAACUACAUUUUCUUUCGAGCCAGGUGGAAAUAUGAAUUCGAUCCAAAAGAAACCAAACAGGAGGAUUUUUUUGUGGAAGGGAAGAAACCUGUGAAGGUCCCCAUGAUGUUCCACGGGGGCAUGUAUGACAUGGCGUAUGACAAAAAGCUCGCCUGCACCAUCCUGGAGAUGCCGUACAAAGACAACAUCACGGCCACCUUCAUCCUCCCCGAUGACGGCAAGCUGCAGCUGCUGGAGCAGGGCUUGCAGGUGCACAUCUUUGCCAAAUGGAAGAGCUUACUCUCAAAGAGGGUGGUAGAUGUGCACCUGCCCCGACUCCACAUCUCUGGUGCCCACAACUUGAAGAAGGUUCUGUCUGGCCUCGGCAUCAGCAAGGUCUUUGAGGAACAUGGCGACCUCAGCAGGAUCUCUUCUCAUCGCAGUUUGAAAGUGGGCGAGGCCAUACACAAGGCUGAGCUGAAGCUGGACGAGAAGGGCACCGAGGGGUCUGCCGGCACUGGAGCCCAGACGCUGCCCAUGGAGAAUCCGGAAAUCAUCAAGAUGAACAAGUCCUUUCUGUUCAUGCUCUAUGAGAACUCCAUGCCCUCCAUGAUCUUCUUGGCACGAGUUUAUGACCCUAGUGGGAAAUGAAGGGGCAUUCC